UCCGUCAUGAGCCUCGUCGCAGUGUAUAAAAACAGUUGCACAUGGAGGAGGUUUAUGAAUUUUUUGGAAACAAGUUCACCAGCUCUCCAGAACCAUGGCCACGUCCACGGUCAUAAUAACACUCUUUUUCUACGUGUUUUCCACAGUGACAGAUGCCACAACAGAAGCACCCAAAGUGGAACUCCAUGCCACGAACAAAGAUAUUGAGGUGGGAAGCGAACAGCUGUUGUUCUGCAAAACCAAUAAAGCUACAACGUUCAAAUGGCAGAAGGAUGGAGAAGAUAUUGAAGACAAUAUAGAAAGUGAUGAAGAAAAGAGUCGGCUGACCUUGAAGAACGUCCAGCAUGAAGACACUGGAAAGUACACAUGCAUUUGCGAUUUUGAUGGCGAUGAACAGGAGGAAUCCAUCCACAUAUAUGUCUAUGAGACACCAAAGUUUGUUUCAAAUAAAACAUAUUAUGAGUUCCUGGUGAACGAGACAGCGUAUAUUCCAUGCGAGGUCACCGGGAAGCCUGAAGUGGAGAUCAACUGGUAUUGGAACGGUUUACCCAUAGCAAAUAAUGACACAAAUAAUCUCAGUGUGCUAUCAGAUGGGUCACUGCAAAUUACAAAUAUUCAGAGGCAAAAUCACGGAACGUAUGUCUGCGAGGGAAAAAUCAAAAGGCGGCCUGUAGCGAAGACUCUGAACAUCUCUGUCGUAGUAAAUGUUCCACCAUCUGUCAUAGUUCGUGGUGAGAGUGCAAAGGUUUUGGCUGGACCAAACAAUAAAGCCACUUUAACCUGCUUGGUUACAGGAGCACCUCAUCCAAAUAUCUCUUGGAAAGUGCCUGACACAUCAGAUUCCUCCCGCUACACAUACAACUCUGACAAGAGUAAACUCAUCAUUAAUGGUCUGGCCAGGAGGGAUGCUGGAAAAUAUGUUUGUACCGCCAUCAAUAACUUUGGAAAAGACAGCGCAGAAUUUACACUGGAUGUCACAGAACAUCCAACGGUGACACUGGAUAAGAAUGUUCAGGUUGUGAAGCUCGGGGACUCAGUGUCUGUCAACUGUAAUGCCAAUGGACAUCCUACACCCACCGUGCAGUGGCUGAACAGGAACAAUAUCUUGCCCAGUAACGGUCGUCUGAGAGCUUUGGCAACGACACUUCAGAUUGACAAUGUGAUGCCUUCUGAUGGUGGUGUGUAUUCCUGCAAUGCCAUCAAUGAGGCAGGCAAAACCACACAGACCCUCACUCUAAUGACCUCUCCAGAUGUGCCAACUUCAUUUACUGUUUCACCUGGACCCGCGGCUUUCCACAUCACCCUGCAGAAAUCUAUCCAGGAUGGGGGUUCUCCCAUUACUCAAUACAUCAUUCAGUGGCGAAAUGACUCACAGUAUGACUGGGAACAGACUACAGUCCCAUCAUCUGGUGUGCUAAAGGUCACAUCUCUGGAGACAUACACAGAAUACUUUGUGCGCAUUGCUGCUAAAAACCAGCAUUUUUUUGGAGGCUUUUCAGCUGAAAAGAAGAUUCGUACCCUGGCCAAACAGGGGGAGCCAGACAUUCCUACACUGUCUGAAGAUGAGGGCAAAGUAGAGAAAAACUCCUAUUCAAUUCCAAUCAAACUGCUGGAGGAUGGAGGCUCUGCUGUUACACAUUAUAUAGUUCGCUACCGAAAGAACAAGGAAAGUGAGGCCUGGAGAGAAAAGGAAGCAGACGCCAAUUCCAGUAGCAUUCACCUCCAGAAUCUUGAAUAUGAUUCAAACUAUGAGGCUGAAAUCAGUGCUGUUAAUACUAAUGGCUUCUCCAAACCAUCUAAGAUCCAUUUCUCAAUCCCACAAGCUCAACCCAGCCUGGGUAAAGGUGGUGUAGUGGCCAUUGUGUUGUUUGUCUUCGUGUUGCUGUUGGUGGGAGUUGACGCAAUGUGUUGCUAUACGAAUCACUGUGGCAUUCUCAACUUCUUGGCCCGGAAACUGUUUGGCCCCAACGUCUCUGAAACUAAAAGUCUGGAAGAGGCGUGUUUAACACUACUUUGUUGA